AUGGUAAACGAAAAAGAUGAGAAGGAUGCCGUAGCCAUUUCCGUUCCAAGCAAGGGCGGCGAGCCGACGGAGGCUAAGAAAGACGGCAACAAGAAAAAAAGUCUCAAAGAGAAAGAGGAGGAGCUUUCGGAAGAAGACCGACAGAAAAAAGAAGAGCUGGAGCUCCUUGUGCAGAGAGCGCAGGAUUCUGACCAAGGCGUGGCCAAAAUGGCAAUGGAGGCGAUGGUGAAAGAGCUCAAGGAGUCCACCAGUUCAAUGACCUCAGUUCCAAAGCCCUUGAAAUUCCUGCGACCGCAUUACUCCACGCUGACGGAGCACUAUGCCAAGAUGCCGGCGAAUGACUUGAAGCGAUUCUUUGCUGAUGUCCUAUCCAUCCUGUCAACCACCAUGCAAAAGGAAGGGUCAAGACAAGCGCUGAAGUAUCGACUAGAAGGAACGAAAGAAGGUCUCACCAGCUGGGGCCAUGAGUACAUUCGGAAUAUUGCUGGUGAAAUUGGGGAGGAAUUCAAGGAACGCACAGAAAAGACCGCGGAUGUGAGCGACCUCCUGUCACUUGUUGAGGAGAUUGUACCCUUCAACAUGCAGCACAACGCCGAAGUCGACGCUGUUGAUCUUCUUUGUGAAGUUGAUCAAGUGCAGACGAUAGAAAAGCUAUGCGAAGAGCCCUCGUUCGGCAGAGUCUGCUUGUACCUGCAGGGCCUUGCCAACUUUGCAGCAACUCAGGCAGACAAAGUAAUGUACUUGCAAGUCUGCAUGAACCUGUACUUGAAGUACAAGGAGUACUUCGGCGCACUUCGAAUCGCCUUGAAGCUUAACGAUGCAAAGGCUGUUGCUGGUGUGUUUGGUGCUUGUGAAGACCGGCUCGUCCAGAAGCAGCUGGCCUUCAUGAUAUCUCGCAGGAAGUUCAACCAUGACUUUGAGGAGGAUGAUGAGCUGAAAGAGAUCGCCUCUGGUGAGAGCCUCUCCAAGCACUUCAUCUCCUUGGCCAAGGAGCUGGAUGUCCUGGAGCCCAAGCUUCCUGAACAAAUCUACAAGUCGCAUUUGGAGGAGAAACGCUCUACAGCUGUCCUGGAUUCUGCGAAGCAGAAUUUGGCGUCUUCCUUCGUGAAUGCGUUCGUCAAUGCUGGCUUCUGCAAGGACGAGCUGAUGACGAUUGCAGACUCAAAGUGGGUCUACAAGAACAAGGACCAGGGCAUGAUGAGUACGGUGGGCUCCCUGGGAGCGUUGCUGCUCUGGGGGAUCGACGAGGGCCUCACUCAGAUUGACAAGUACCAGUGGAGCUCUGAUGUGAACUUGAAGGCUGGUGCGCUGCUAGCCUUCGGUCUGGUGACUUGCGGGGUGAAGAACGAAUGUGAUCCUGCGUGGGCACUUCUUGGUGAACAGCUGGAGGCGGAGGAUGCGCAGCUGCGGUUAGCUGCAGUGGUCGGCCUUGGGUACGCAUACGCAGGAAGCUGCCGAGAGGACUUGCUGGAGAAUCUGACUCCAAUGAUCGUUGACACCGCCUGUAGCAUUGAAUGCUCAGCCAUGGCGGCAGUCAGCUUGGGUCUGGUCUUUGUCUCUUCGUGCAACGAUGAGGUGGCGCAAGCAAUUCUGCAAACGCUGAUCGAAAGACAGGCCGUGGAAAAUGCAUUGAGUGGUACCUGGCCCCACUUUUUUGCAGUAGGCUUAGGUCUUCUGUACUUGGGCCAGCAGGAUGCUGCUGAAGCCACUCUGUCAGCCCUGGAUGCAAUUACGCACCCUGUGGGCAAGUACGCAAAGCUGACUGUGGAAGGCUUUGCCUUUGCAUACUCCGGCGACGUCCUCCACGUGCAGAAAAUGCUGCAGGCGUGCACAGACCACCUCGAAGAGGCUGAAGCCUUUCACCAGGCAACUGCCGUGCUUGGAAUAGCUUUGAUUGCUUUUGGUGAAGAGAUCGGUGCCGAAAUGGCGUGCAGAUCUAUUGACCACAUACUUCAGUAUGGAGAACUGACGCUCAGGCGAGCUGUCCCAAUUGCCUUGGCAAUCCUGCACCUGUCAAAUCCGAAGGUGCUUGUGAUUGACACCCUCGCCAAGCUGUCACACGACGCAGACCAGGAUGUGGCUACUGGCGCAAUCAUGAGUAUGGGUCUGAUAGGUGCCGGCACAAACAACGCCCGGCUGGCAGGCUUGCUGAGGCAGCUGGCCGCAUACUAUGCGAAAGACCCCAACGCGCUGUUUAUGGUCAGAAUUGCCCAGGGCCUUCUGUACAUGGGCAAGGGCCUGCUCACAAUUAAUCCCCUCUUUAGCGAUCGUUACCUGGUAGAUCCGGUUGCGUUUGGCUCUCUCGCGGUGCUGGCGCACUCGGUGUUGCACCUCAAGAAUACCAUUCUAGGCAAAAGCCACUACUUGCUUUACAAUGUGGUCCCGGCCAUGCGACCAAGAUGGUUGAUAACUGUGGACGAGGACAUGAACGAGCUCAAAGUGGCGGUGCGCGUAGGUCAAGCAGUAGAUGUGACUGGCAUGGCUGGUCGUCCGAAGCAGAUCACAGGCUUCCAGACCAGAACCACUCCAGUUCUUCUUAACUUUCAGGACAGAGCGGAGCUGGCAACAGAAGAGUACCUGCCAGUCACACCUGGAACCAUCUUGGAGGAUUUUGUGAUCCUGAAGAAGAAUCCGAAUUACAAGCCUGCUACCGGAGCUGCGUAG